GUGUCAAACACGCCUCGACCACGGGCCAGUGCGCGCGUUUGUAAUACAACUGUUCUUAUUGUUUUUUUUUAUUAAAUAAAUCGAGGCAAAGGCGAGAUGUCACAAAAGCUGGUGAUUACGUUGGUGUUUGCGUGCGCGGCGCUACAGGUCGCCACAAUGCCGGCGAACGUACCUUCAACGCAGACCAUAAGAGAAGAAACGACAAACAAAUUCAACGUUCAACAGUCUGAAGAAAAUAACGAAAGAUCUUUGUCGCCAUCCGACAGUACGACGAAUUCUAAUACUGAUAAAAUUCUUGAGCAAAUCGAAACUAUCAAUCAAGGUUUGAGCGAUCCUGAUAAGCAAAAUGUAGCCUCCAGCAGACGACCGCAAACUGGAGGUGAAUACAUCAUUGACGAAGGCACAUUUGAUAAAAUACAACAAAUCGUGGCGUCCAUUAAGCCUCGCCCGUUCUCACAAAAACAACAAGUUGAUAACUACGUAAAUAAUGUUGAAGAUUUAAGCCAAAGUCUUGCAAGAUCAAAAGCAUUAAGAUUUGAUUCAAGUUCGAUCAAUAAUGACAUCUUGCCCGCAAUGCCUUUGCCUUACAUUACUACCAUGCCUGUUAUGAUUAUCCCCUCCACGACUGAUUUAUUUAAUACAAAGAGUGCACUGAACUCUUUACGACCGACCAAUUAUCUAACAAGACAAGAUUCGUCAUCAUUCCCAUUUCAAUUUCAAUGGCCGCUCGCCUCAUUUUUUCCAAUAUUAGUUAAAGAUCCCCUGCUUGGAUUUUUGCACGGCGGAGGAUGGAACAAUUUUUUUGAAAUCGGGCAAAGCGCCGACGUCUGUAGUCGACGACAGAAGUCACAUGAUGCGAAUAUUAUCGAAAGUGACAUUUUUGGCGACAGUAUUGAAAACAGAUCAAGUGAUGAUUCUCCACAUGUAACUAACAUAAAACGUCACGCAAGGGUAACUCGUUCUCUUAAAAAACGAAAUAUUCCCGCACCGAGUCCCGUACAAAAUGCAGACAAUGGGAAGAAGUCGAAAAAAGUUUCUAUAAAGCCACUCCUAACACGAACCAAAACCAAGAAGCCGCAAGUGGAACAGGAAAAGGAAGUAAUUGAAAACGAUGGAGACCUGCGUUUUCCUUUUAGCGAUUUUACCUGGUUCGGUAACAAAAAACCUGUAGCACCUAGCCCAGGUUUCUUUAUAAAUAAAAUGAAGGUGAGAAGGGGCGGCGUGGCCAUUGCCGGGCCGGGCGGCGUGGCGACGGCAGGACGUGGCGGCACUGCCAUCGUCGGCCCGGGCGGGCUGGCCUACACGCAGCCCGGGGGCCUCGCCGUCGCUGGACCCGCUGCACGCGUCAUCGCUUUAUCACCGUACACCGACCUAACAUCACUCGUAUCACGCCUUCAUCAACAAUCCCUAGAUGGAUCGAUGCCGAGAUCAUUUAACCCAUUGUCCGAAGGAAGACUUGUUGCUACCGGUCCAGUCAUUUACUAUCAUCCGUAUGAGGAGAGAUUUUACUCGCUCACUAGAUACUACAACGUCCCACAAGAAAGUACAAAGAAUAUUAGAAGAAACUUGGAUACCAAUGAUAGAGCCGAAUAUUACUACAACGGAAUGGAUUUUGAGGAAGGAUUUUCUGAAAAUUCUACGAUCGUCAUACAUUUAAAGCCCAGGGCACACGCCCUAACUGGACCUUAUGGAAUUGCGAUUGCUAAUCCGAUAUCACAGGUGAUAGUGGGGAGAAACAAACAGGUGGCCGUAGCCUACGACCCCGAGGCGACGGCGGUGGCCGGCCCGGGCGGCAUUGCGCACGCGCAGGCGUCUACACAAUAUCUACCAUUUUACGGAGGCGCCAAAGGUCAAUACUUAGAAGUACAGAAAGACACAAAAGGAUUUGUCGUAAGCGAAAAGAUAGUAGCAGAAGAGAGCAUUAGCAGCGAGAACAUAGUGAAGAACAACGACGACAGCCUGCUGACGCGGGUGCUCGCCACCAACCUGCUCAGCCUGCGCACGCUCGCCGGCAGCGCGCUCAAGCUACUCACGCUGGGUAGGAGGACCGGCUCUUUGAAUAACAACAACAGAGCUCGCUUUAGGACGCAGCUCACCUCGCUCAGCGACACCGCCUCCAACACGGUCAAACUGAUCGAUGAGAUUGGUGAGAACAUCGACGCACUUUUCAACGCCAACAUGACGAUGCUGCGCCGCUAUGAGGACGACGAUGACGACGAUGAUGUGGGUGAGGAGGGCGACGAGGGUAUCAGCGUGGACGCACCCGAGCACGACGACGACGAGGACGAAGAUGCGGCGCUCGGAGACGCGCGCAUCGCAGAGGCCAAGCCUAUAGGACUGGCGGUGAUCGGCGAGACGGGUCUGGCGGCGGCGCGGCCGGUGGGCACGGCUGUGGCGACGAGCGGCGUGGCGCUGGCGCGGCCUGUCGGCACCGCCAUCGCCGGCAUCAACCCCGCUCUGCUUGGCAUCGACUUCCAGAUCAACCAGCUGCGCCGCAGCUUGCAGCCGCGCAACAAGAAGCACUAAACCUCUCUCAUGUCUAACAAAUGUUAAAUGUGUCUCGAGUAAACUGUAAAUAACAAUAUUCUAUACAUUCAAAAUCCUCGAUAUUACCUUUUGUUUAUUAAUUAAUAUUCUGUCGCAAAGUUGUAAAAAAUGUGAUCUA